GUGAGAGAGAGAUAUACUGUAGUGUCCAUACUCUUGAUUCAAUGGAGGCCGCGGCUGGUGUAGCCGCCGCUGGACGUGUCGUUUCGCUGCCGAUGACGUCAUCUCAGCCUCCCCGUAAACAGUGGCGCGUUGUUUCCGAACAGUCGGUUAGGCAUUCCGGCAACGAGGACUUGGAUCGUUCAAAGCUAGGGCAAUUGGAUGAGAGAUUGAUUUACGAGGUACAGCAGGGAAAAGAACCGGCCGAUUUGGACUUCUGUUCGAUAACAAUGGACGGAAGCUUGGACAAUGAUGUAUUGGAACAAAGACUUCACAGCGUGAUGAAACAGAGGGAGGAGGUGCAACUUAUGGAGAUUGACCUUAAAGCUCAGCUCAUUGCGAGGUCAGAAAUUCUGGAGAUGCAAAACACCUAUGAUGCUCAGAUCAAAGAGCAUGCAAAUGCCAAUCUCAAUCUUCAGGGGCAACUACAUGAAAAGGAUAAGACUAUCCAAGAGUUGGAAAGGAAGGUGGAAGAGAAAGAAAGAGAGCUGCAUGCAAUCAGAUUAGCCAAUGAAGCGGCAUGGGCUAAAGAGGAUCUUCUCAGAGAACAAAACAAAGAACUGGCAGCGAUUCGGAGAGAGCGUGAUAACUUGGAAGCUGAAAGAGCCCAGCAACUUAAACAAAUUCAUGAUUUUCAAGAACAUGUUCAGGAAAAGGAGCGGCAGUUCGUGGAGUUGCAGGAACAGCAUAGGGUUGCUCAGGAAACUAUUCUUUUCAAAGAUGAACAAUUAAGGGAGGCCCAAGCUUGGAUUAGCCGUGUUCAGGAGAUGGAUGCCUUGCAAUCAACUGCAAAUCACACAUUACAAGCUGAAUUGCAUGAGCGUACAGAACAAUAUAACCAGCUUUGGCUUGGUUGUCAAAGACAGUUUGCUGAGAUGGAGAGGCUUCACCUGCAUACAAUUCAACAACUCCAGCUUGAAUUGGCUGAUGCAAGAGGAAGAAAUGGAACUUACUCUGAUGACUCUAAGGUUUCCCAAACAAAUUCAAAAGAAGUUUCUCAAUAUGCACAGGGCAAUGGAAGCCGACUGGAGGCUAGUGGAACUGGUGCACCAAAUGAAAAUUUGGGUGGCCUUUCGAAUGGAAAUGCACUUGAUUCUUCAUCCCUUGUUUCACCAGGGAGUGCAUCAACACAGGCCGACCAUGUUUAUGGUGUUCCACUUGCUCCUUCCCUACUUGGGGUGCCUACCUACCUGCCACCUGGACAAGUGACUGCACUGCAUCCAUUUGUUAUGCAUCAGCAAGGGGUUCCUCACACUGUACCAUCACAUGUUGCUCAAUCUCAUGUUGGUCAUUUUCAUUCAGCACCAGCAAUAUCAUCUCUUCAACAUUGGCCGAACCAACAGGCUGUAUCAGAGAGUUCACAAAUGCCACCCUACAACCAAUAUCUUUCAUCACAAACUGAACAGAACUUGUUGAGAUCAGAUACUAAUUAUGAGUAUGAAGUGCCUGUUAAUGGGGAAGCUCUUCGUCCAGACUAUAUGAACAGUCCUAUCAGCCAAGGGCUGGAGCCUGAUUCUGUGGUUCCAUCAUCAAAUGGGGAAGGACAGGCUAUUGGGUCUAUUGAUAAGAGCUACCUGGUAGGAACCCAACCCCAGCAAAGCUUGCAACAGAUUUCUUCCCAGUUUCAUGAUGCUUUAAGAUUGGAUCCUCUUGAACAGCAUAGUGAGACCCAGGAGAACAGCACUUUGGUAAAUCAUGGACGAGAUGCCCAAGGUUUAGCAAUGGAACAGCCCAGUUCUGUCGAUACAUCAUCAUUGGAAGCUCCAAGUCAUCUCGUCAAUUUUAAUGAAACCCCAAUAAACAAUGCCGCUAGUGCAAUUCUGCCUGAAUCAUAUUCAACUAAUGGGCAGAAAAAUACACUUAUGGUUGUAAAGACUGCAGAGAUUACUCUUCUUGAUGAAAGAUCAUUGUUGGCCUGCAUUGUGCGCACUAUUCCACCUGGAUCUGGUGGUAGAAUUAGGAUAAGUUCAACGCUUCCAAAUAGGCUUGGUAAAAUGCUUGCACCUUUACAUUGGCAUGAUUACAAGAAGAAGUACGGAAAGCUUGAUGAGUUUGUUGCCAGUCAUCCUGAAUUAUUUGUGAUUGAAGGGGAUUAUAUUCAGCUGCGAGAAGGUGCACAAGAAAUCAUUGUGGCUACAGCAGCUGUUGCUAAAGUUGCCGCUGCUGCUGCUGCUGUGACAUCUUCUUAUUCGUCACUAUUGCCUUCUGUUGCUGUCACUCCUAUGGCUCAGUCUCACCGACUGAAGAGGAGCCCAUCCUCUGAUUCCAACUCUGGUGUUCCCAGACCUGUCAAUGCUACUGAUAAUGCUUCAGAGCUGUCGGCAAUGCGGAAUCAACAUUCUAAUGGGGUUUCAUUUGUUGGUGGAGGUGUCUCAACUGUAAAAAUUUUGAGCAAACCUAAAGAUCAUAUGGAACUGCAUGGACCUAGGCCUGGCCAGUCAUCUGUACUCUUGAUGGCCGCAAAUGGAGUGAAUUCUGAGAGAUCCGAUUUUGGAACUUCUCAAAGCAAGGGUUUAAUUCCUGGGCAGCAUAGUGCAAAUUUUGUUAGGAAACAGCAGGGCAGGACAAUCGGGACUGCUUCAAGUUCUAAAAGAUAGACACAUUUUGGACCCUUUUCAGACAAUAUUAUAACCAAAUGAAUGUGGACCAAAGUGCGUAUUGGGGGCUGAGAUGACAGGAAGCAAUUGAGGGGGAUCAUUUUCUCUUCAAGUUUCAAUCUCCAUGAUCCUUUGCAUCUUAUAGAAAUCUGACAUGAACUUUUGACCAAUUUCUUUUUUCUUUUUUUUUUUUUGUUUUUUUUAACUCUGUUGGAAGAACUGCAUAUUUGCCUCCGUGUUUUGGCGAUAUCAAAACUGUACAUCCAAUUUCUGGCAGCCAUAUUUAUGUGUGCAGUUUCAUCUUUCUUGCUGAUUCUGAAUUUAUGAAAAAAAAAUAGUGAUUUCUUCAACAGGUGACAGCUUCAAC